UGGCUCCAUAUUCUCCACCUUGUUGCCUGGGGCAAAUGCUCGUUUGGCUCCUCCUGAGGGGCGUGGUGUCCUGGACGGGUUAGAGUUUAAAGUGGCUCUAGGGAGCACCUGGAAAGAGAACCUGACAGAGCUCAGCGGGGGUCAAAGGUCUCUGGUGGCACUUUCUCUGAUUUUAGCUAUGUUGUUGUUCAAACCUGCUCCCAUUUACAUCCUGGAUGAAGUGGACGCCGCUCUAGAUCUCUCACAUACACAGAACAUUGGACAGAUGCUGAGAACACACUUUACACACUCACAGUUUGUUGUGGUGUCUCUAAAAGAUGGAAUGUUCACCAAUGCAAACGUGCUCUUCAAGACCAAAUUUGUGGACGGCAUCUCCAUGGUCACUCGCACAGCUCAGACACAUGAGGGAAAGGUUUUGUUCCAGCGCACUCAGGAGAAAACCAGGGACAAACGCCAGCGACAGAUGCUGGCUAGCUAAACACACUUGCUAUAUUGCACAAAUAUAAAGAUAGAAGCCAGAUAUAUUAAGCUUUUAUCACUUUCAGUUGAGAAAAUGAAAUGGUAUAUUUAAAAUUAUUAGUACUAAAAGCAUUUUUGGACAUCAGAUUUGUGCAACUAAUGCAUGUAGAAUUGCUCUGUAAAUCAGCAUUUUCCAUUGCCUAUUUUAAAAUGCUGUUACACUCACAAAUGUUCUCCGCAUUAUUGACGUUAUGGAGUGUAGUUGCUCUACAACUUUUUAAUCCUGUGAGUCUGUUUUCUCUCUCUGUGCACUGUAUUUCAAUAUAUUUGUUUG